GAUUUCCAUCCUUUGUUUGUUUCCCUGCCCCUUUUCUCCAAAUCCGAAAAAUCUUCACUCCCGCGUAGAACUAGAACCCAAUAGGCAAUAGCUUCUUCUCCUUUUCCUCAAGCUUAGAAUGGACGAGUCUAUAGGCAAAUUCUGCAAAACCCUAGCCAUUUUCUGUAACAAUCUCCAAAACAGCUGCCACGCUCUCAAAGAGUCCCUUGAUCGUCGUCCCAUUCCUCUUGAUUCUGCAUCGACGACCUUUGUGCAAAGCCUGAACCAGAGAGUAUCGUCACUGAGCGGUGACCUCAACGUGCUGGAGUCCAUGUCUUGUGAAACGGUGUCGUUUGAGGAGCUACUCGGCCAUUGCAAUGAAGUAUUCAAAAUGAACCAAACUCAUCUUCUUUCCCUCCAGGACCGUCUCCAUAAUCUUGGUUAUAUUUCUUCUGUCGAUCUUAUUGAUGAAGACAGUGAAGGAGAAGAAGAAGAUGCACAAGUUUGGGAAGAUUUAUCACCUGACCGCAGCUUAGACUUGAAGAAAAUUGAAGAUGAUCCUUUGCUGGAUGAUUCUCUGAAUUUGCAGAACCUUGGUCUUUCUGAUGUUUGCCUAGCUACCAUAGCAUCUGAAGCUAACACUAUAUAUGAGAAAGAGGGAUUAUAUCUAUCAACUGAGAAGAAGCAGGACAGUAGUGAUGGGAAAAUGAAUGAUGAAUUAAAGUCAUCUGAAGAUAUUCAGUCGUUGAUAACUGUGUCAGAAGAUGACUAUGAAAACCUCCCCAAACAUUUGAAGAGUUUAGCUUCAUGGCAGCUACAGUACUAUUCCGACAACUACAGUAGAUUCCGGCAGCUACAGUAUUUCAGUAUUCUGUGUCUGUUUUUCCGUACUCUGUUUCAGUGGAUUACAGUUGAUUCUUUCUCUUAUUUG